CCUAACAGCAUGAUUUCCGAGAUGAUGGAAAUUCAACCCAAGAACUGUUUCAUGAAAAAACAAUGGAAAGGCACGGACAUGAGCAUAAGCCAAAGCCCUCUGCUCCUUCCAUCUCGGACGGUGUCCAAGGUCACGAGAGCUAUCGAGUGAUUCACAGUUUCGUUGAAGCACCAAAUUUGGCGUUGAGCGAAUGGGUCGAGAGAUUGUACAGAGAUUCUUGCCACCGGCUGCGAUCGCCAUCAUCACGGCCAUGACCUUCUUUUUCUGGUCCCAUCAGUCCAGAAGGGCUAGAGUAAAUUCGGAGAGGUCUGAUUCGGACGACGGUAAGGAUGAUGCUUCGCCUCCACCGCCGGUGAGGGAAGACGGAUUCCAGUAUGAUGUGUUUCUGAGCUUUAGGGGACCAGACACUCGCAAGGGCUUCACAGGCCAUCUCUACCAAGCAUUGAAAGAGAAGGGCAUAAUCACUUUCAUCGACAGUGAGACGCUGGAGAAGGGGCAAAAUGUGGAGGAGCUAUACGGGUGCAUCGAGAGAUCGAAAAUCUUGGUGCCCAUCUUCUCUAAAGGCUAUGCUGAUUCAAAGUGGUGUCUGAAGGAGAUACACAAGAUGGUAAAGUGCAAUAGGCUGAUCAUACCGGUCUUCUUUGAUGUGAAUCCAAAAGUUGUCUGUCAUCAAAUUGGCUCUUUUGAACGUCCAUUUAGGAGGUAUCGUAAGAGUGAAGGAAUAGACAAGGGGGAGGUAAGCAAAUGGAGUGAUGCUUUAAGAAGAGCAGGGAGAAUCUCGGGGUAUAAUUUGGCUGAUACUGAAGGAAACGAGGCAAAGCUUAUCCUGCUCAUUGUGAAGAGGAUUCUGACUGAAGUGAGUAAAACCUCUCUAUUUGUAGCUAAACAUCCAGUAGGACUCAACUCUCGUAUUGAAGACGUGGAAAAAAUGCUUAACGUUAAAGCCCAGGAUGUCAGAAUGGUCUGGAUCCAUGGGAUGGGUGGCAGGGGCAAGACCACUCUUGCUAAGGCUGUCUAUAACAAAAUGUCUUCUCAUUUUGAUGCUUGCGGCUUCAUUCCUGACAUCAGAGAAGUAGCAGAACGAUCCUCCAAACUCGUUUCACUCCAAGAACAGCUGCUGUACGAUGUUUUCAAAGAACUAAAUGUGAAAGUAAACAGCAUCAGUCAGGGAAUUGGCAUUAUCAGUCGGCGACUUCAGAUUACCAAGGUUCUGCUAGUUCUUGAUGAUGUUGAUAAUGAAUCACAACUCGAUGCAUUGGCUGGCAGCUUGAACUGGUUUCGCCCAGGGUCAAGAAUCAUCAUUACUACCAGAAAUAAGGGGCUGUUAAGGGAACCAAGAGCGAAGCAAAGUCAUGUGUAUGAGGUUAAGGAGCUUGACCCUGACCAAUCACUCAAGCUUUUCAGCUGGCAUGCAUUUGGGACAGAGCAACCAGUUGAGGAUUUUGCCGAUCUUUCAAAGGAAGCUACAUCUAUUGCUGGUGGGCUGCCAUUAGCCCUUGCCAUCUUCGGGUCGCACUUCUUUGAUCUGAAAACAGUCAAAGAAUGGAGGGUUAUGUUGGAAAGGUUGAAGGAAGAUCAAGAUAAAGAAAUUCACCAAAGGUUGAGGAUAAGUUUUGAUGCACUUGAUGCAAAAGAAAGGAAGGUAUUUUUGGACAUAGCAUGCUUUUUCGUUGGGCUGGAAAGAGAGCUUCCAACUCUCAUGUGGGAGGAUUGCAGGUUCUUUCCAGACAUAUCAAUCAAAGUCUUAAUGCACAAGUCUCUACUUAGUAUAAAUUAUGAUACCGGGAAGUUUGAAAUGCAUGAGCAUAUUAGAGAUAUGGGAAGAAAAAUUGUGGAAGAGGAGAGCCUUUCAAAUCCAGGAAUGUAUGGCAGGAGGUUGUGGAAAGAAGAUGAGAUACUAGAUUUACUGCAAAAAGGAAGAAGAGCGACAAAUAUUGAAGCCAUCCAACUCUUUCGUGGAAAUACCAGUUCAAUGUCUGUGGACGCAGAGACUUUUGCCUCAAUGUCUCAACUUAGAAUGCUUCGAUUGGGAAAGGUAACGUUGGAAGGUAAGUAUGAACGUUUUCCCAAAAGGCUUAGAUGGUUGCAAUGGACUCUAUGUGACUUGGAUUCAUUGCCUGGUGCCCUUCCUCUUGAGAAUGUCAUUGUUCUUGACUUAUCUUGGAGCUCGAUAACUCAAGUUUGGAACCGGCAAACAUUUGCAGAGAUCAAGGUCCUUGACAAAUUGAGAGUCCUAAAACUCAAUGGUUGUUGGAAUCUUGCUGUCUGUCCAAAUUUUAUAAGAAUGCCACUUCUAGAGAAACUGGAUUUUGAAUAUUGUGAGAGGAUGAGAGAACUUGAUCAAUCUAUUGGGCAUCUCAAGAGCUUGACUCACUUGUCUUUGAGAGACUGUCAUUCACUGGUGGAACUGCCUCAAGAAGUGUGGCAAUUGAUCUCACUUGAAAUGCUUGACCUUACUCGUUGCUACCAAAUUACAGCUCUGCCAUCACUGUUUGGGGAUUUAAAGCCAUUGAAGCAGCUUUUGCUUGUCAAAUUGAAGGUCCUCAAUCUUCGUCAUUGUCGGAACCUCACCAUGUGUCCAGAUUUUACAAGCAUGCCACAUAUAGAGAAAUUAGAUUUUGGAUAUUGUCAAAAGAUAACUGGACUUCAUCCAUCUAUUGGGCUUCUCAAGAGCUUGACUCACUUGUCUUUGGGCUGGUGUGAAUCACUAAAGGAACUGCCUGAAGAAGUUUGUCAAUUGACCUCACUCCAAAAGCUUGACCUUAGUUGUUGCUCUCAAAUUUCAACUCUGCCUAUAUCCAUGAGAGACUUGAAGCAACUAAACUUGUUGUUUCUUGUGGGGUGUUCCUCGUUGGAAGAAGUACCUGAAUGCAUUUGUUCAUUGCUCAAUCUUCAAGUACUAAAUUUUCGAGAGUGUCGUUCUCUUGCAUCUUUACCCAACUCGAUUGGCAACUUAAAGAGCUUGGAGAUACUUGAUUUGAGUUGCACAGCCAUUGAAGAAUUACCAGACUCCAUUGCAUUGCUUGAGAUGCUUGAGGUCCUAUCAGUUGCUCAUUGCAAAAGACUCAAAUUCUUGCCAGCUUCUGCUCCUGUUGAGCCUUCAAAGAGACAAGACUACUCUCUCCCUCUGCUCCCGCCUUCCCUCACCGAACUCCAUGCAGAAGGUUGUUAUACUCUGGAAACAAUUGCAGACGUCUCAAAUACAAAGGGAUUACUGGAAUUGGACCUAAGGGGCUGUGAAAGGCUUACGGACAUUCCUGGCAUUGAGAAACUGAAUUGGUUAAAGAGCCUGAAGCUUGGAGGAUGUAGAAGCCUUUCCAAUUCACUGAACAAAAACGUGCAGGAGGCAAAUUUUGAACACCUGGCUGAUUUCUCCAUUUCUGGGAACCUGAGCAUUAGCGAGUCAUCAGAUGCACGCUCUCUCUACUUCUUUCUUCCCAAGUGGUUGGAGACAGGCAGCUUUUUCUUGAAACUAAAUGAAAGUGAGCUUGACAGUGUCCUUGUUAAUAUAAACAUCACGACAGAUGAUGCCCGGUUGCUCUUUCAAACUUCAAUUCAGGCUAGACUUUGGCGACCUUAUGAUCACAUCAACGAAAAUCAGGUUCCCAAAGUGAAACUUGGAGAGUAUGAAGAAAUGAUGAUCGUGGCAGGUGGAGGAGGAUUUGUGGGAAAUAAUGUUCGCAGGAGCUCGAUGACGAUGCAUGUGGCCAUCAAUGGCUGCCUCCUGCUCGACGGUUACCUCAGGAGUACCACCAAUUGCACAUUUGAUGGUAUGUAUUUUGAUGCAUGUGAUAUCUCUUCAACUGCUGACAUCAGGUAUCAUUAUCAUGGUCCUGCUGCUGCCCUCUUUCUGAUUUCGUUUGGCCAUGUGUCAGAAAGAGUUCUUACACGAAUGGGUGGAGCCUUUUCACACUUUUGCUGCAUCGAUCUUUGUCAAGGUCUCAUGAAAAGGCUAAGGUCUCCACAAUAUUCCGAGAGGCUUGAUUAUGAAGGUGAUGAAGCAGAGGCUCCUUCAAGAUAUUCCGAGAGGCUUGAUUAUGAGGGUGAUGAAGCAGAGGCUUCUUCACCUCCGUCAUCACCCCCACCUUCCAUGAGAGAAAAGGGCUUCGAGUAUGACGUGUUUCUGAGCUUCAGGGGACCAGAUACUCGAAACGGCUUCACCAGCCAUCUCCAUGCUGCUUUAGAAGUUAAGGGCAUCCUGGCUUUCAUCGACAGCCAGAACUUGGAGAAGGGGCAAAAGGUGGAGGAGCUGUUUGAGUGCAUCCAAAAAUCCAAAGUCUUUGUGCCCAUCUUUUCCAAAGGCUAUGCUGAUUCUAAGUGGUGUUUAAAAGAAAUAACCAAGAUCGUAGAGUGUAAAAGGCUCAUCAUACCAGUGUUCUUUGAUGUGGAGCCAAAAGAUGUCCGCCAUCAAACUGGUCCUUUUGCUGAUGCAUUUAGAUCCCACCUUGAAAAUGUUGACAUAGACAUGGAAGAGGUGUGCAAAUGGAGUGCUGCUUUGACAGAAGCAGGGAAAGUCUCAGGGUACGAUUUGGCGUCGACUUGUGGAAACCAGUCAAUGCUUGUCGAGGAUAUCGUGAGGAAGAUCGUUCGUGAAGUAAAUAAGACCCCUCUUCCAGUAGCUGAACAUCCAGUCGGUCUCAAUUCUCGCAUUGCAGAUUUGAUGAAAAUGAUGGAGAUUGAAGCCCAUACUGAAGCUAAAAUGGUCGGGAUUCAUGGCUUGGGUGGCGUGGGCAAGACGACUGUUGCCAAGGACAUCUAUAACCAAAUCUCUUCUCAUUUUGAUGCAUGCUGCUUCCUUUUCAACGUGAGAUCAGAAGCAAAAAACCAGUCUGACAGGCUCAUUUCCCUCCAAAAACAACUGCUGCGGAAAGUUUUCAAAGAUGAAAAUACGGACAUAAGCAGCAUCGAUGAAGGAAUCAGCAUAAUUAAACAACGGAUCAGGAGCAAGAAGGUUCUGCUAGUUCUUGAUGAUGUUGAUCAUGAAUCACAACUGGAGGCAUUGGCCGGUGGUGUGGACUGGUUUUGCUCAGGGUCUAGAAUCAUAAUCACUACCAGAGAUAAGCGGAUGCUGAGAGCAGCAGGAGUGCACAAAUAUAAUAUGUAUAAGCUGAAAGGGCUCGAUUCUUCCCAAUCACUUCAGCUUUUCAGUUGGCAUGCAUUUAGGAAAGAGGAGCCUGACCUCAAGUUUGCAAAGUUAUCCAAGGAAGUUGCAUCUGUUGCGGCCGGGCUACCAUUAGCCCUUAAAAUAUUUGGGUCUCUUUUCCGUUAUCUGGAAACAGUUGAACUCUGGGUAAGUAAGCUAGAAGAGUUGAAGAAAUCUCAAGACAAUGGUCUCCAUGAAAUGCUAAAGAUAAGUUAUGAUGCACUUGAUGAAAACGCACAAAAAGUAUUUCUGGAUAUAGCAUGUUUCUUCAUUGGGCAAGGAAGAGAGAAAGCCACUUAUAUGUGGGAAGGCUGUGGGUUCUUCCCAGAUUUAAAAAUUAAUGUUUUAAUUUGCAUGUGUCUAGUCAGUGUAAACGAUGAUACAGGAGAGUUUGAAAUGCAUGAUCAUAUCCGUGACAUGGGGAGAAAAAUAGUGCAAGACGAGAGCAAUGACUUAGAAGAACGUAGCAGGUUGAGGGAAGAUGAUGAAGCACUAGAUGUAUUGCAAAAGCGGAGAGGAACAAAAAACAUUGAAGCCAUCCAUGUCUCUGGAGAAAAAAAAUUUUCGGAUAGAGCCACUUUUUGUAGCGAAGAGUGGACAGAAAGUGCAUUGCAUGUGGGGUCCUUUGCGGCAAUGUCUCAACUUAGAAUGCUUCGAUUGCAGCGUGUGAUGUUAGAAGGUAACUAUGAACAUAUUCCCCAGACUCUCAGAUGGUUGGAAUGGCAUCCACAUGACUUGGAUUCAUUGCCUAACAGCCUUCCUCUUGAGAACAUUGUUGUUCUUGACUUAUCUUAUAGCUCCAUAACUCAAGUAUGGAACCAGCAAGGAUCAAGGAUCAAGGUCUUUGACAAAUUGAAAGUCCUAAAUCUCAGUGAUUGUUGUAAACUCAGUAUGUGUCCAGAUUUUACUAGCAUGCCUCAUCUGGAGAAAUUGGAUUUUAGUGGUUGUAAGAAGAUAAGAGAGCUUCAUCCAUCUAUUGGGCAUCUCGAGAGAUUGACUUACUUGUCAUUGAGGAGUUGCGUCUCACUUCAGGAACUUCCUAGAUCUAUUAGGUGUCUCAAGAACUUGAUCUACUUGUCUUUGAGAGGAUGCAAAUUGAAGAAACUUCCCAAAUCUGUUGGACAUCUCAAGAAUUUGACUUACUUGUCUUUGAGUUGUUCUUCUUCUCUAAAGAAAUUGCCGGAAGAAGUUUGUCAGUUGACUUCACUUGAAAAGCUUAAUCUCAACUAUUGCACCAAAAUUUCAAAUUUUCCAUUACAGUUGAGGGAUUCAACGUCAUUGACGCAGCACUUUUUUGACAAAUUGAAAGUCUUAAAUCUCAGUAGAUGUACGAACCUCACCAACUGUCCAGAUUUUACAUGCAUGCCGCAUCUAGAGAAGUUGAAAUUUAAUGGUUGUAAGAAGAUGAGUGAACUUCAUCCAUCUAUUGGGCACCUCAAGAGCUUGAGUCGCUUGUCUUUGGGAUGGUGUGAAUCACUAAUGGAACUGCCUGAUGAAGUUUGUCAGUUGGCCUCAUUGGAGAACCUUUAUCUUAAUUGUUGCAAACAAAUUGCAAUUUUGCCAUCACAUUUGGGGGAUCUAAAAUCAUUAGUGGAGCUAUUCCUUGACAGCACCAGCAUAACAACUCUGCCUGAAUCUGUGGGACACUUGAAACAACUGAAGUAUUUGUCUCUAAACGAGUGUUCUUCAUUGAAAGAAAUACCUGAAUGCAUUUGUGUGUUGCUUAAUCUUGAAGAGAUAGAUGCUAAAAAGUGUGAAUCUCUUGCCUCUUUACCCAACUCGCUUGGCAACCUGAGGAGCUUGAGGAAGCUUGAUUUGAGUGAGACAGCCAUUGAAGAACUGCCAGACUCCUUUGUGUCACUAGAGAAGCUUGACGUCCUAGCAGUUGCUAAGUGCACUCAGCUCAAAUUCAUACCGGCCUCUGCUUCGACUUCUAUUGUGUCUUCAGAUAGACAACACUACUCCCUCCCUCAGUUCCCGCCUUUCCUCACCAAAUUAAACGCGUCCAACUGCCCUGAAUUGGAAAUGAUAGCAGAUGUCUCAAAUGCAAAGGGAUUGAAAAAAUUGAAUCUUAAUGGCUGCCAAAAGCUUGUGGAUGUUCCUGGCGUCGAACAGCUGAAACGAUUGGUGACGUUAAAGCUUGGAGGAUGCAGAAGCCUUUGUAACUCAUUGAAGGGAAGACUUCAGGAGGCAAAUUUUCAACAUCUGCAUAAAUUCAACAUUCGCGGAAACCCGAGCGAUGGCGAGCCGUCAUGUCCUCAAUCUCUCUCUUUCGUUCUUCCCAGACAGUUCAACAUAGGCUUCUUGUACUUGUAUGUUGAAGAGAGCUGUCUAGGCAACAUUGGCUCAGAACAUUGGGCACAUAAGCUCAUAGCCAACCUUCACUCAAAUGGCAACAAAAGCACUGAAAACGAGGAAGAUCAUAACCACAGCAUUGGCUCGAUAGCAAAUAGGAGCAUUGAAAGUCGUGACGAAGGUGACAACCUGGAUAAAAGCAUCGCAAGUGGUGAAGGUAGAAGCCUGGACGGCACUAGCUCGGAACAAGAUGAAAACAACGAAAGUGAUGAAGAUAGCAGCAUGGACAGCUUUGAAGAAGAAGAAGAUAAAUGCGUUGAAAGUGACGAAGACACUCUCUCGGUAGACAGCCUGGGCAAAGUUGUUCGAAUAGACAUCACGACAGACGCUGCACAAUUUGUCUUUAAAACUUCAAUUGAAAAGGGCCUAUAUGGCAGGUCCCCCAACGCUAUGUUUGGAUGGAAGAGCAAGCUGAUGAGGAUAGCAAGAGAAGGAAAAUUUAUGGGAGCUGAUGAUGCUCCAAGGAGGACGACGAUGGUGAUGCAUGUGUCCGUCAAUGGCUGCGCCCUACUUGGUGGUGACCUCCAGACUGUUAGUGGGGAAGCCAUAGAUGGUCCUUCUUCUCUUGAUGUGUUUUUUCAGUCCGUAUCGUUGAACAUGUAGUACUAAAAGAGCAACGGACAUGAAGCCGAAGAACCUUAAAAGCUAAUUCCUCCAUUUCUACUCAUUCGCUUCAGCACUUGAGUUUGCAUUUGGGAAAGAAGAACCAGCACAGUUUAAAUAAACUAGUCUUCUUAUUUCCAUUCCUAGGUAAGCUCAUGAAAAAUGGUGUUUAUAUUUGUAAAGCAUAGGUGGGAAAAAAUGGGCAAGACAUGGACAUGCCUUUUGAUUGCAUGGUUAACCUUUAAGUUAUUUUUCUCA